AUGAAUAAACAGGUAAGAAGAAUCGACACUUCGAAGAGAACGAAAUGUUCCUGUCUGACAAACACAUUUUGUAAUAUAAUUGGUCGACUUGGUGUAAUAGUUAGUCGAUAUCCCUUUUAUUUUGUCAUUGUUCCUGUCAUUCUUUCUGGUUUAUUAUCAAUUGGGCUAAUCAGAAUUCAAACCAACGACGACACCGAGUCUCUCGUAAGUGCGGACAGAGGUAAAGUUUUUGAUACGAAACAGUUUAUAGAUAAAACAUUUCCUAUCAAUUCUAAUAAUUUCGAUUUUUUACGUCUUACUAAACGCCCACUUUUUCCAAUGAUCUACAUAGUAAAUGACAAAGAAAAUAACAUUUUACGCAAAGAAUUCUUAAACGAAAUACGAAUUGUAGAUAAAGAUGUAAAAAAUACCACAGCUUUUGUACAUGGAAAGAUUAUUGGUUACUCGGAAGUGUGCCAAAUAGAAGAUGGCAAGUGUUUAGAAAACACUCUUAUUGAUCUGCUAAACAACUCCGAAAAUGCAUUUCAUGAAAUAUUAAGAAUGAAGUAUCCCCUGAAUAUAGAUUCUGUAACAUACGCGUAUAAAAUCCUUUCUCUGAAUUUAGGAGGGGUGACGACAGACAACAAAGGAUACAUAAAACAAGCAAAAGCCGUUCGUUUAUUCUAUGUACUAGAUGAAUCAAAUGCAAGUAAGAAAAAGUGGAAUGAAGAAUGGACAAAGGCAGUUUACAAGAAGUUGAAAGAUUAUAGCUUCGAACAUAUUAAAAUAUUUCCCGAUCCAUUCUCCUCUACUGAUUUUCAAGUAAAACGCAUUUCACAAAACUUAGUGUCCUUGAUAAGCGUGGCUGUGGUCGUAGUGGCCAUUUUCUCUAUCACCACAAACAUGACUAACAAUUGGGUGAAGUCCAAACCCUGGUUAGGCGUAGCUAGUGUCGUAUCCGCCGGUUUGGCUGUGGCCACGACGUUCGGUUUAUUAUCCGCCUGUGGAGUAGAAAAUCUUCGGUGGAACGUCGGUCUUCCUUUCAUUAUUCUUGGAACGGAAGUGGACGACUCGUUUGUUGUAUUGGCUUGCUGGAAGGCAACAGAUUGCGGUGACUGCGUAGAAAAUCGAAUGGAACAGACGUAUCGCAACGCUGCAGUGUCCAUCACCAUAACGUCUCUAACGAAUUUUAUCUCCUAUUGUAUUUCUAUGACGUCACCAUUUCCGGGUGUAAGAAUAUUCUGUUUGUAUGCCGCAACGUGCAUCUUCUUCAGUUAUUUCUAUCAGUUGUUUUUCUUCGGCGGAUGUUUGGCAUUAAGCGGAUACAGAGAAGAGAAGGGUCUUCAUCCUUUCACAUUUAAACCAGCUUUUGGGCAUUUUACUUAA